AUGAAGCUCUCAAUUCUAUCACUCCUUUCCCUCACGCUAUGUGCGACUGCAGCUCCUGCAGGGGCUGACUUUAGCCUUGUCGGUUUCGCCAAGGACAACCCAAUUGGACCAACCACUGGUGGUGCUGGCAAGAAUGGCAAGAGCGUCACUGUUCGGACGGUCGCGGAGUUCAUCAAAGCUGUAAACGGCAGCGAGCCAACAGUCAUUUACGCCAAGGGCAACUUCAACCUCACAUCGAGAGUUCAAGUAGGGUCGAACAAGUCUCUCAUCGGAAUGGGCAAGGGAGCUCAAAUCACUGGCUCGGGUCUUAACAUCUUCAACAAGACCAAUGUCAUCAUUCGCAAUAUCGGGUUCACAGCGAUUGACGACGACUGCAUGACGAUUCGUAACAGCACCCGCGUAUGGAUCGAUCAUAACGAGUUCACUACUGGCAACUUCCCUGCUCUGGGCCCUGAUGCGUACGACGGCCAAGUAGACAUCAUCCGCGCCGCGGAUUGGAUCACAGUCUCAUGGAACUACUUCCACGAUCACUGGAAGAGCUCUCUCGUUGGCAACAGCGAUGCGCUCAGGGAUGUUGAUCAAGGUCACCUCCACGUCACCUACCACCACAACUACUGGCGCAACGAGGGCACCCGCGGCCCUGCCGGUCGUUUCGGCCACCAACACAUCUACAACAACCUCUACGUCGACUUCCUGUACCAAGCCAUCCACUCCCGUAGCGACAAUCAGGUUCUCGUUGAAGGCAACGUCUUCAAGGGUAAGACACGCGAGGCUCUCAGCACAUACGGAUUGGUCAUUCCAGAGGACAGUCCCAACACCAGCCCCGAUGGCGACUUCGAGAUUGACGGCUUCGCGAACCUUGGUGCAAAGAACGACUUUGGAAAGGCGACUGUCAAUAUUACUCAAGUUGGCAACUUCACCAAGGCGCCUUACAAGUACAAGCUUACUAAGCUCAAGGAUGUCGAGAAGAUCGUGAAGAAGGGCGCUGGUCUUGGCAAGAUCUGA